AUGCUGGGUUCUUCUUCACAAUUUAAGCAAGUCAUUGUAAAGAAAACAAACAUUCCAUAUGAAUUGAGAUUUAUUGACAUCAGAAAUUAUAUAGCGGGUGGAACAUUGGACCAAUUCACUCAAGAUUUCGGAAACAAUAAAACACGUGUUAAAUCCUUUUUCCCUUAUCAAUUUAUCACAUGGGAGAAUUACGAAGAAGAAUUAUAUAAAGUGGAACCAUUCACGAAAGAUUCAUUUUAUUCAGCAUUAACCCAAGAAACUAUAUCAGAUAGUGAUUAUCAAAUAUAUCUCAAUGAUGCUAAAAAUUUUAAGAAUAGAUUAGAAUAUUUUAUUCAUUAUUGCAAUAAAGAUGUUGAAAUUAUGAUUGACCCAAUCGAUAAAAUUAUUGAAGAAACAUUUGUUUAUAAAAUUGAUAUGCUUCAUAAUCUUUCUUUAUCAUCGAAUGCUUCAAUGAUUCGUUACGCUUUAGCAUAUAAAGACUUUAAUCCUAAUGAAAAAUAUCCUGAGGAAGAGAUAGAAUCAAGUUUUGAAUUAACGAAAAAGUAUUGGAAAUAUAAAAUUGAAGCAUAUAAGAAACAAGAUGAAAAAGCAGAAAGGGAUACUAAAAAUAAUGUUUCAAUGGAUGAUUUUCAAUACUAUCACGAUUUAAUCCUUUCAUCUAAAUGUAAAAUGUGUGGUAAAGCGUUUACAUAUGCUAAUAAACCAACAUUAGAUAGAAUAGAUAAUGAAAAACCACAUACUAAAGAAAAUUGUCAGUUAAUGUGUUGUUAUUGCAAUGUUGUGAAAUCAAACAAAGAUGAAGAUGAUCAACGUUUAAGAAUCAAUUUAAGAAAUUACGCAUUAAAAAAUAAUUUACCAAUGACUUUAGAUUCAGUUGAAGCUUAUCACAUCCUCCGUAAUGGAAUUACUGGUGGGUUAUCAAAUGUUCAACAUAGAGUAAAUCUUAAAGGAAUCACGCACAUUAAUAAACUUUCAUAUAAUCCAGAAACUAAAACUGUAUCAAAUGAGGACACCACCAACAUCAUGACUCAUUUCGUUGGUGUUGACUUUAAUUCAUUAUAUCCUUCAUCAUUUUCAUCUAAUCCUCAUGAUUUCAUUCAAUAUACUGACCAUAAAAUGUAUAUGCCGGGAAGAUUGAAUGGAGUUAUCAUUUGUGAUACAGCAACAAAGAAAGCAAAAGCACUGGGAAUUAUUAGAAAGAAAAAUACUUUAUUCGUGGCUGAAGUAAAGGGUCACAUUGAUGAAAAAUACAUUAAUGAUUACAUAAACUUUUUACCGAUAAUAAGAAACUUAGAUAUUAUCACAGAUGAAAAAACAAUUGGUAGUUUUAUGUAUAAUUACAUGAAAUCAAACAAUCUACCAGUUGACCAGAAACAGAGAAAAUUAACUCAGUUAGCAUCAACACACAACCAAUAUCAACCAUUUUCUUCUUAUUAUCUAUGGUAUCUAAUAGAUAGAUUUAAUUUUAUCAUUGAUGACAUUCAAUCAAUUUUAACAUUUACUAAAAACACUUGUUUUAAUGAAUUUGCGAACGAAUUUAUGAACGAAAGACAAAAGGCUGAAUUAGAAGGAAAUAAAGGAAAAAGUUUAUUUUGCAAGAUUUCGCUUAAUGGAUCAUAUGGUUACGAUGCAAUGAAUACACAAAAUUAUGCAAAGACUAAAAUAAUGAAUACACAGAAGGCACGCGUUGCAUGUAUGUCAAAUAAGUUUAAAAACAUAAGAGAAAUAGGAGAGGAUACGUAUCAAGUGAUGCUCAAAGAUAGAUUUUAUAGAUGUGAUACAUGUUUACAAGAGGCAUUUUUUACUUUAGAUAACGCAAAAUACUGGUAUUUGGUUUUCAUUUAUGAUUUUAUGUAUAAAUGCUUGGAUGUUAA